AGCACAGAGAUAACGGCCGUCCCGGGGCGAAGGUUACCACCAAAGAACAUCAUUUUGGUUUAGGGGCUCCAGUUUCUGAAGCUGAAAAAUACCAGAAUACUCUCCAACUAGAACAAGAAGUGAGAAACCAAGAUAGAUUCAUCUCUACACUGAAAUUACAGGCAUUUGGAUACCUUCGUGAUARAAAAGCCCCUUUUCUUCACCGUUGAUGGUUUGAUAGUGGGCUGGGAAGGAAAGCUGUGGUCCUCCAUAGUAGUCAGCAAACACUUGAUUGAUUUGGUAUUUAGCUUAGUCAAAUUGAAGACCUCAAACAGACAAAUCAUGGCUUGGAAGAAUGCGUUAGGAAACUCUUGCAUAGUAAGGAAGUGGUAAGCAGUCAAGUAAACGAUUUAACCAACCACAAUGAGCAUCUUUGUAAAGAAUUGAUUAAAAUUGACCAACUAGCAGAGCAACUAGAAAAAGAGAAAAAUUUAGUGGUGGAUACUGCCGAUAAGGAACUUGAAGGAGCAAAGAUUGAACUCAUUUGCCAGCAAAAUAAUAUAAUAGUAUUAGAAGAUACAAUAAAAAGGCUUAGAUCUACUUGAUUCCUUUGUAAAGACUUUAGAAGCAGACAGAGAUUACUAUAAAAGUGAAGCUCAGAAUUUGAGAAAAAUGCUCAGAAGUAGAUCUAAAAGUCCAAGACGCCUGUCUCCAUCUUCUCGGGGUGCAAACUGUGAUGUAGAGCUUUUGAAGACAACAAGAGAUCGUGAAGAACUUAAAUGCAUGCUGGAAAAAUAUGAGCGUCAUUUGGCAGAAAUUCAGGGUAAUGUCAAGGUUCUUACAUCUGAGAGAGACAAGACCUUCCUUCUUUAUGAACAGGCACAGGAAGAAAUUGCCCGACUUCGAAGGGAAAUGAUGAAAAGCUGUAAGUCUCCAAAAUCAACAACAGCACAUGCUAUUCUCCGGCGGGUAGAGACUGAAAGAGAUGUGGCCUUUACUGAUUUACGAAGAAUGACCACAGAGCGAGAUAGUCUGAGAGAAAGGCUAAAGAUUGCUCAAGAGACAGCAUUUAACGAGAAGGCUCAUUUGGAGCAAAGGAUUGAGGAGCUGGAGUGUACAGUUCAUAACCUUGAUGAUGAACGUAUGGAGCAAAUGUCAAAUAUGACUUUGAUGAAGGAAACCAUAACCACUGUGGAAAAAGAAAUGAAAUCACUAGCAAGAAAGGCGAUGGAUACUGAAAGUGAACUUGGAAGACAAAAAGCAGAGAAUAAUUCUUUGAGACUUUUAUAUGAAAACACAGAAAAAGAUCUUUCUGAUACUCAGCGACAUCUUGCUAAGAAAAAAUAUGAACUACAGCUUACUCAGGAGAAAAUUAUGUGCUUGGAUGAAAAAAUUGAUAAUUUUACAAGGCAGAGUAUUGCACAGCGAGAAGAAAUCAGCAUUCUUGGUGCAACCCUCAAUGAUCUGGCUAAAGAAAAGGAAUGCCUGCAAGCAUGUUUGGAUAAAAAAUCUGAGAAUAUUGCAUCCCUUGGAGAGAGUUUGGCCAUGAAAGAAAAGACCAUUUCAGGCAUGAAGAAUAUCAUUGCUGAGAUGGAACAGGCGUCAAGACAGUCUACCGAAGCCCUAAUUAUGUGUGAACAAGAUAUUUCCAGAAUGCGUCGGCAAUUGGAUGAAACAAAUGACGAGCUGGCUCAAAUUGCUAGGGAAAGAGAUAUCUUGGCUCAUGAGAGUGACAAUCUCCAAGAACAAUUUAACAAAGCCAAACAAGAAAACCAGGCACUGUCCAAAAAAUUGAAUGAUACACAUAAUGAACUUAAUGACAUAAAACAGAAGGUCCAAGAUACUAAUUUGGAGGUUAACAAGCUAAAGAAUAUAUUGAAGUCUGAAGAAUCUGAAAACCGGCAAAUAAUGGAUCAACUCCGAAAAGCCAAUGAAGAUGCUGAAAACUGGGAAAAUAAAGCCCGGCAAGCUGAGGCAGAUAACAAUACCCUCAAAUUGGAACUUAUCACUGCAGAAGCAGAGAGUAACAGAUUAAAAGAAAAAGUAGAUGCUCUCAACAGAGAAGUUGAGCAACACUUAAAUGCAGAAAGGUCUUACAAAUCCCAGAUUGCAACCUUGCAUAAAUCUCUUGUGAAGAUGGAGGAGGAGCUUCAGAAAGUUCAGUUUGAAAAAGUGUCUGCUCUUGCAGAUUUGUCUUCCACAAGGGAACUCUGUAUUAAACUUGACUCAAGCAAAGAACUUCUUAAUCGACAGCUAGUUGCUAAAGAUCAAGAAAUAGAAAUGAUGGAGAAUGAGUUAGAUUCUGCUCGUUCUGAAAUAGAACUCCUCAGGAGUCAGAUGACAAAUGAAAGAAUCUCCAUGCAGAAUCUAGAAGCUUUGCUGGUGGCCAAUCGAGACAAAGAGUAUCAGUCUCAGAUAGCACUUCAAGAAAAAGAGUCUGAAAUUCAGCUUCUUAAAGAACACCUUUGUUUGGCAGAAAAUAAAAUGGCCAUUCAGAGUAGAGAUGUAGCCCAGUUCAGAAAUGUUGUAACGCAACUGGAAGCUGAUUUAGAUAUUACUAAAAGACAGCUGGGGACAGAACGCUUUGAAAGGGAAAGGGCUGUACAAGAACUUCGCCGCCAAAAUUACUCAAGUAAUGCUUAUCAUUUGAGUGCAAUGAAACCAAAUACAAAAUGUCAUUCACCAGAACGUGUUCACCAUCUAUCUCCUGACCGAGGCCUAGAUCGAUCGUUAGAAGAGAAUCUUUGCUAUAGAGAUUUCUGACACACAAAAAGAUUCUUCACAUUCUGAGAAAGGUCAAAGUUACAAACGGAUUUUUUUUUUGCUAURUGAUUGCAUUUAUCUUUUGAAUGCUUGACAAUGUUAAAUGUAUUUAUUAACUUCAUGCCUCUGAAUCUCUGUUCUCAUGUGCCACWUUGCAGUGAUCUGAGAUGACUUAUACAAAUAAAAAUGCAUGGCUCUUUCUAUCCAUACAGUAAUAGUGAGUGUAAAAUCUGCUUACUUCACUAUUGAACACUGUUUUGUUAACAAACUGGAGUAAAUAAAGGAGCUUAAAAAAAAGAGGGAAAAGUGUUUUUACAAAACAAAUUUCCUUUCCUUUCUUGGUAUCUCAAAUAAUUGAUUGGUUAAUUUUUUUUCUUUGUGAUCUAUGUUUUCAUGGCUGGAGAAGUUGUGCCAAAAUAUGCACAGUUUACCAGUAUUAGCCUAGGACCCAAUAUUGCAUUUUAGAACCAACCUGACAUAAAUUCCAUGCCAUAGUGUGACUUCAGACCAGCAGAAAGUAGGAGUGUGUCAGAGUUUUAAAUCCAUACUAUUGUACCACUCAAACUAAUUAAAAUACAUUUUCUAUAAUUGUGUUUACUCCUACUAUUUUUAGAAAGGUAGGUGAUGCUAUAUCUGUAAAAAAUGUAAGACUUYAAAAAAUCUGUAUUUUUUAAUAAGUUUUCUUUAAAACAUUAAAGUAUUGCAAUCAACUUAAUUGCCAUUUUAUUUUAUUUUAUUUUUUUGCCUGUGGCAGCUGUUUGUAAUCCAGAAUAACAAGUGCAGUGAUGUUUUCUUUUCUCUCCUAAAAUCUCCUAAAUCUCUUAUCCGUCCAUAGACUUUGACUUAAUGUUGAUAUUAGAGCCUGAAUGCUACUGUAUUUUACUGAUAUAAGUUAUUUGUAUUCUUGCCAUUUUAAUAAAAAGUCCUGUCACUAAUA